GCAUUUGCAAGCAAAACAAGCAAAAAGAAGUGCAUCUAUACUAUUUCCUAUAUCAUUCAACUCAUUUGAUCAAUUGCCAAUAUAUAUAAGAAAGAAAAAAAAUGGUUUUUGAAUCUGAAAAUCCCUUACAUCUCCCAAUCUUAGAUGUCUCUAAACCAUUCGACCCGUCUUGUUUACCAUGUCUAGCCGAAGCUUGCAAAGAAUGGGGAUUUUUUCAGAUUAUCAAUCAUGGAAUCACGAAGGAGGUUUACGCGAAAAUCUACUCUCUCUCGAACGAGAUGUUUGGUCUUCCUCCCGAGACAAUGCUCAAAUUAGGCCCUUUCUCUUCAUUAAAGAGUUACACGCCUCGCUUUAUCGCCUCUCCAUAUUUCGAGAGCAUUAGAGUGUCGGGACCGGAUUUUGAUGACUCUGUCAAGAGUUCUCUUGAUGUUCUUGGCAAACAUGAUAAGGAGUUUAGUGAAGUAUUGCAAGAAUAUGGCAGUAAAAUGAUAGAACUAUCCAAAACCAUCCUCAAAAUCCUACUAAUGAUCCUUGGAGAUGGUUUCGAGACGAAAUAUUACGAACCCGAAUUCAAAAAUUGCCAUGGAUACUUGAGGAUAAACAACUACACCCCUCCGAAGAACAUUCAAGAGCAAGUAGAAGAAGAAGUCGAGGGACUCGGAAUGCACACCGACAUGAGUUGCUUAACGAUCGUUUACCAAGACGAAAUCGGAGGUCUUCAAGUGAGAUCGAGAGAAGGGAAAUGGAUGGACUUAGUCCCUUGUGAAGGAACUCUAGUCGUGAAUAUAGGCGACAUGUUGCAAGCGUGGAGCAACGAACGACUAAGAUCGUCCGAGCAUAGGGUCGUUUUGAAAAAGCCCACGAACCGUUUAUCGUUGGCUUUCUUUUGGUGCUUCGAGGAUGAGAAGGUGAUACAAUCGCCCGAUGAUGUCGUCGGUCGAGACAAUACGAAGGUUUAUCGGCCAUUCGUUUGUUCGGAGUACUUGAGGUUUAGGGAGAGUAAUGAAAAGGGUAGGUUUGAGAAAGUUGGUUUUACAGUUAGGGAUUUUGCAGGAUUUGGAUGAAUUGGUACCUAUGUUAGAAUUCAAAAAAUGAAAGUUUGUUGAAGUUCUUCUUCCUUGGAGUUGGUUUGUGAAAGCAUAUAUGGCUUGUAGCUGUUUAUUUGUUUUGUGUUUUUAAGAUAUGGUUAAUAAGAACUAUAGUAUAUUGAUUUCUAUGUGUUUGUUUAACUAGUGCGUGGCCCGUGCCAUGCACGGGA